UGUCCCUCACAUCUUGUGAAAUUUGUGGCGUUUUGUUGUUUGCGGUGCUAUAUGUCCUUCGUAUCAUCUACUUGCAGUCCUCAGGGUUGUGAGGCUUCUUCUUUCCAACAAUUAUUAUACAAUCUCUGCUUCUUGUUUGAGUAGGGGCUCGUCAAUCGAAGGACAAGUGUUUCCCUUUUCGGGGGUCCUCCUUUUCUUCCACUUCUGCAAUUUUCUCAUUUGUCUUUCCAUGUUCCAUCACCUCAACAACAUAAACAAAUCUUGCCAAAAUAUUACUUCCUAGUUCUUAUCGUCUCAUCAUUCAGUUACUGCUCUUCAUUUCAUCCCAUUAAUUUCCUCCAUUCCCUAAUCCUCUUUGUCUUCUAUCAACUCUUUUCCCUCCUCCUACCUCUCUUUUUUUCCCCUCCCUAUAAUUACCACCAAUUUCCACAUUCUCUUCCUCAACUCCCCUCUCCUUCCACAUCACCUUCCCUCGCUCACCAAAGUUUCACACUUUCCUUUUUCCCUAAAAUGGGCUUUGAUCACCAUCUCAUUUGUGGUCAAAGACUUGGCUUCCUUUGCAUUUGUCUUCUGUUUCUCAUUCUUUCAAGCUGGAUCCAUAAGGGGUUCGUUAUUGAAGGUAGAAUGACCCAAAAACUAAGUGAUUUUCAUCAGACAAUAAGUGAGGAUAAAACUAUAAUGAGGCCAAGAAUAGGGUCAAUGCCACCAAAAUGUGAGAGAAGGUGUAGAUCAUGUGAGCACUGUGAGGCAAUCCAGGUGCCCACAAACCCCCAAGCUCAGAACCGAAAGAAAAACUCUUGGAAGUUUUCUUCGGUUGCAUAUGCCAGGGUUGGUGGCAGUUCUAACUACAAGCCCAUGAGUUGGAAGUGUAAAUGUGGGAACCUCAUUUUCAACCCCUGAAUCCCAUUAGUUCUUUCAUUUAUCAAGGAUAUCAAUCUGUACAUGAUUAUACACUCUUGAGUGAUUCUUUCUUUUUUAGUUUUUAGGAGCCUUUUAUAGUUUAUAUAGUUUUUUCCUCCUAUUCUCCUCUCUCUCAAGAACAAGCUUUCAUCUUUACUUUGUAAAGUA